AUGCCUAAUGUAAGUGAACUUACUACUUUUCUUCUCCUGGGUUUUUCUGACCAAUUCAAUGAAAAUAUGCUAUAUUUCAUACUUUUUUUAGUGAUCUACUUAGCAGCCUUGAUUGCAAAUUUUCUCAUCAUCUCAGCAGUGUCCUUCCACCAACAGCUUCAUACACCCAUGUACUUUUUCUUAGUGAAUUUAUCAGUUGUUGACCUUGGCUCUAUUUCUGUCACUAUUCCCAAAGCCAUGAUAAACGCUUUCUUGAAUACCAGGGAGAUUUCAUACUCUGGGUGCAUCACACAAGUAUUUUCUUUAUUCUUCUUCCUGAUAUCAGAUUUGUUCCUCCUCACGGCCAUGGCAUAUGACAGAUUCAUUGCUAUCUGUGACCCACUGCACUAUGAAACCAUCAUGGACAUGAAAGUCUGCCUUCAGCUGGCAGCCAUUGCUUGGAUAGCUGGUCUUCUCUACUCAGCCUUGCACACUUGUAGCACCUUUUCAGUCACCUUUUGUUCCAAUGUUCUCAAUCAGUUCUUCUGUGAAAUCCCACAACUUCUGAAAGCAUCCUGUGAUAAUUCAUACCUCAUUGAAGUUGGAGUUAUUGCAUUCAGUGCAUGUAUUGUCUUUCCUUGUUUUGGUUUCAUAAUUGUUUCAUAUGUGCAGAUUUUCAAGUCAGUGCUUAGAAUUCCUACUUCACAUGGACGAAAUAAGGCCUUCUCAACUUGUUUUCCCCAUCUUAUUGUUGUUUCCUUGUUUAUCAGCACUGGAAGUAUUGCUUAUUUAAAACCUACUUCAGACUCUCCUUCAGAUAUGGAUAUGGUAAUCACUGUAUUAUAUUCUGUGGUUCCUCCUUUGAUGAAUCCAAUGAUCUAUACUAUGAGGAACAGAGACAUCAAGGCUGCAUUGUGGGAAAUGUUUAAGUGUGGUGUUACAUCAAGGAAUUGA